AUGAUCUUCGAUCCCACCCCCAUCGAGCUUCCAUCUUCUUACGAAAAGGUUGAAACAACCGGCCAUGUUGUCGUCUCUCAUUACCCCCAGGGUGCCCCAACAGUCACCCCAGUUGUCAUUGUAACGCUGAAUCGUCCUGCUAAACAUAAUGCAUUCACGGGACAAAUGGUCCUGGACUUCGAGAAGCUCUUCCCCAUGUUCGAUGUCGACGAGCGCGUGAAAGUUGUCGUUUUGACGGGCGCGGGAAAGACGUUCUGCGCGGGUGCAGACCUUGAUAUUGGUUUCAGUGGUGGUAAGGACAGGAUGAUGGACCAUCGUGACGGUGGUGGACGAGUCGCACUGGCUAUCUAUAGAUGCCGCAAGCCAACGGUUGUAGCAAUGCAAGGCUCAGCCGUUGGUGUCGGUAUGACCAUGACUCUUCCAGCGAUUAUCCGGGUUGGCUAUGAAAAAGGCAAAUACGGGUUCGUCUUCGGCCGUCGAGGUAUAGUCCUGGAAUCAUGCUCCUCAUACUUCCUCCCCCGGCUCGUCGGUCACUCGAACGCGAGCUACCUCGUCAGCACGGGAGGGGUAUUCCCGCCUACAUCCAAGCACUUCGGCGACCUUUUCAAUGAGACCCUCCCCGACCCAUUGCAGGUCCUGCCGCGCGCUCUCGAGCUAGCCACUGAGAUUGCGGAGAAUGUGAGCCCGGCUUCGUCGUACCUCAAUCGGGCGCUUCUGUGGCGUGAUACUGGCUCGGCAGAGGCCGCUCAUCUCAUCGAAUCGCAAGUCAUCAACCACAUGUUUGGAUCGGAGGACCAGAAGGAGGGCGUUACGGCGUUCUUUGAGAAGCGAAAGCCGAACUUCAAGGCUAACCUUGAUGAUAACCCGCCGCCGAAUAUGCCGUGGUGGACGGAGAUUGAUACUGGCCGGAACCCUAAAGCCAAAGUGCCUGCGAAGCUGUAA